GGAGGUUUUGGUGCGGAAAGAAGUAGAAAAGAGGAGCAAAACUGAAGUCUGUCGCCGUGCUGCAAACAGCUGCGGGCUGGUCAGGAUGAAUGAAAGAAGCAGGAAGUCCUACAGCGCCGCACAUGACUGUCAGCUGAUCACAGUCACGUGAGCUGAACAUCGCGGAAGAGCUAAAGAAAAUGGCAGGGCCGACGUCGUCCAGUGGAAGAAGUUUAAUGGCGUUUAUUUUCUUUUUCGUUGCCUGUUUAACCUCAGGAAGUGCUACUUCACACGUGCCUUUUCUUAUGUGGUCCAGCCACAGUUUACCUCCACUGGCCUCACCCACAGCUGGUCAUAUAACAUCCAGUAAAGAACUGGGUGUCUACCUGACGUCCACCUUUGGGUCUGGAUCCCACACGGUGCUGCUGUUCCUGCAGGACAAGCUAAGUAAGGAUGACUUCACGGUCUUUGGUGGAGUCUUUGGAAACAAGGAGGAAAGUGCAUUUAAGAAUCUUGAGGCUGCAGUCCAGUCGUCUGCUGCAUCAGUGACACUUCCUGCGUUGGAGUGGGCGGGGCUCUCUGCCAUCCCCGCUAUGCUGCAAGAGACGCUCGUUGCUUCACCUCUUCUCGUAGAUGAAGACACUCUUUUCCACCUAAAUAUCAACACAUCCGUCAGCAACCUGCUGCUCAUCAGUCUGCCAUACUGCAACGAGUUGUACAAAUCAUGCAAAGAAGUCCUACAGGACAAUGAUCAAAUUAUUGGAAAAGUUCUGAGUUUCAUGAAGUCAAGAGGUCUUCCAUACACCGCCAUAUACACAGGACUUCAGCCUUCAAGAGUCAUUUCAGAAACGUCUGUGCCGAGCCAGCCGGUGGGCCGGUCUUUACUGCAGACGGUAGAACUGGAAGUGAAGCCGCCCAUCAUGUUUAAUCAGUCUGGUAGCCCUUGUAUAAUGCUGUGGGCCCAGAAUCUCAACAUCAGCCUCUCUGGGUCCCCCUCCUCAAACUGGAUUGACCUUGCUGCACAAACCCCUUCUUUGACAGGAUCCCUGUGUAAUGGCACUAACUCAGUGCUUGUGCUGAAUUAUGCAUCGGGCUACGUUCUGAGUUUCUUCAUGAGUCAGCGUUUCUAUCCGGUGUCUGCUCGAAACUGGUUCAGCCUGGACUCUGUGCAGCUGCAGGCGAACGGCUUGGCUGCAUCCUUUACUGGGAGGCGCAGCAUCUACGCCCCUGCAGAGUAUUCCUUCCACUGCAAGUCCGUCAGCAGCUUCCAGGACGCCCUGCUGGUCCCGGACCCCACCAGUCAGAACUCAUCUGGGUGGAGGCUCAGCUUCAUCGACUUCCAGAUUCAGGGCUUUGGUUUGGCCAACGGAACUAACUUCUCUUAUGCGAGCGACUGUGCCAGCUUCUUCACGGCAGGGAUCUGGAUGGGCCUGCUCACGGCGCUGCUCAUGACGCUCAUCUUUGUGUAUGGACUUCACAUGAUCCUGCAGCUGAACACCAUGGAUCGAUUCGAUGAUCCAAAAGGUCCGUCCAUUUCUGUGCCUCAGUCGGAGUGAAGCUGUCCGAACUCUCAAACACACUCCGGUGUCUAUAAGUGCCAUUAGGUUGUUUUUGGACCCCCUUGUUUUUAAGGUUUUUGCCUUAUUCCUUCUAAAUGUGGACAUUUCUUCUGUGAUUCCUUUACCGAACUCCUUCCAGGUGUUUGGAUGCUGAUAUUUUCACAUGUGCCAACAUUGAUUUUAUGAUUUUAGUGCCUGUGUUUGUAGAUCGAACCAUUUACUGCUGAUUUUAAAAUUAUUACCAUUCUUACCAAAGAAUGCCUUUUUCUCCAAAUGAUUGUUUCCCCUCAUUCUUUACGUUGGAACUUCUCCCAACAACUGCUGGUGCCUGUUAAGAAAGUGCCUGUUAACACUGUUCGCCUGUAACAUUGAAUCAGUUUAAUGCUUCCUGCUGCGUUUACUAAUGACAGCUCAGUCACAGGAGUUAAAAGUGGAAUAAAAUAAUUUAUUUGUGUACCAGGAUUUGUGUGAAUAACUUAAGAUGACCUGAAGUCUGAGGAUCAUCAGCUGUUGAAGUGACUGUCAGACAUGUUGAUGUGCAGUUUGCAUGUACACCUUUAAUUUACAAAUAAAUCUAUUUCCACCUGAUGAUUGAAUAAAAACUAUUUCCUGAA